CUGCCUGAGACCCGGAUGUUCCCGGCUGGGACCCGGAUGUUCCCGGCUGAGACCCGGAUGUUCCCGUCUCCCAGUCCGCGGAUGCAGAUAACCGCCUGGCGUCUUGGCGGAGGCGGCGCUCAGGUCUGCGGAUCACCCCUAGCGGGCGGUGGACGCAGCGCCACAGCUGCACGGAGGCCACACGGUCGCACUGCCCGGAGGCCGCGCGGCUACCCCGCAGCAGACAGGGCCGGAGAGGAGCCCGCGUCCAGCCCCGUGGCCCCGCUUCUGCCGGAGCUCCGCAGGCGGGCACAGCUCCACGGUCCCCCGGGAAGCACCGGGACGCUGGGAGGGGGACCCCAUUCACCCCUGCUGCUCAUCGCCGGGCAGGCCUCGCCUGCGGGAGCUCCCAGCACAGAGGACCCACUUGCACCUGAAUCCUGGGGGCAGGCAAGCACCUGGGUGACAGAGCAGGCAACCACACUCACCCAGGCUGCUCCCAGCCAGGAGGGACGUGCCAGCUGGGCAGAGCCACCUCUGCCUGACCUUGUGGUGGGCACAGCUCCAGUUCCCCGGGGCAGCACCCGGCGGGGGACCCGGUGACUCCACGCACCCCCACUGCCGGCUGCUGCCCUGCCCAAGACCGGGAAGUAGUCAGUUUCAGAACACUGAGAAGAGGGCGAUGCCGGGAUAACAGAGUGAGCGGGUGACAAGCAUGCCUCCGUCCCUCCGCCGGACCCACCUGCAAGGGUAGAGCCCCUGCCUGACGGAGCCCCAUGGACCGCACCACCUAACGAGAAAAUGCAGGCACAAACCCAGUGAUCACAGGGGGUUUCUCUGGUGUUCAGACCGGGGGAGGGAUCCUCCCUUUCCUCCCCAACCCUUCAGGAAGCACUACUGCCAACUGCGCCAAAAUAGAAAACCCUGUGGGUGAGUAAGAGCCUAUCCACCGUCCAGCCCUCUUAAACCUCAUCUGCAAGAUCACAGCCCGAAAUACAACAUCAAAAUAUUUUGCAAGGAUACAGUACCUGUGAAAACGAAGGCAGAAGUCCAGCUAUAAAUAAAGAUUCUAAACGGAGUCUUGGCCCUCCGAAAACACUCAGAAAUGAAGCCAGCUGAAUAUUUUCAACUUACGUCACAGUGAAAGGAACACCAGGCCUCAUACGUGAGAAGGAAUCAAUGCAAGAAUUCUGGACUCUAAAGCCAGUGUGUUCUCUUGCCUCCAAACGCACAUACAAGUUUUCUAAAAAUGGCCAUCAAGGUCCAGGUGAAAGUUGAAGCCCAAUCUAAGGACUCAAAGGUGUCCAGUAAGAUUUUCAUGGAUGAUAAAAAUGCCUUCGAGGAAUGAAUGGAAAAGCUACAGAAAUUGAAUUAUAAUGGCAAAGUAAAAUAACAAAUCAAUCAGAAAAUCUAGAUGAAAUUCCAUUGUUCCAUGAAAAUAAAAAAGUCAUUGUUAUUACUAUUAUUA